AUGAGGAGUCGAGUCUGGUCCAAUGCGAGAGUAGUCCAUCGGGAGUACUUUUAUAGUGGAGGAGAAUAUGUCAAAGUGACGUCUGGAAACAUUACGGAUCAAUACAUGGUAGGCCAGAUCUAUGUCGAAAGGCUCACGCCAGAACAAAUCGUUCAUAAUGAUCCUAUUGUGUUCAUUGCAGGCGCUGGCCAGACUGGAACGAAUUUCUUGGAGACACCUGAUGGGCGGCCUGGAUGGGCAUCUUAUUUCCUUGAACGAGGCUUCGUGGUGUAUUUGACAGAUCAACCCGAGCGUGGCCGAUCACCAUGGCUUCCCGGUAAUGGAAUCAUGGCUUCGGUCGGUACAAGAGUAAUUGAGUCCUGUUUCACUGCUCCCAGUGACUUUGGACUCUGGCCCCAGGCUCAUCUCCACAAUCAGUGGCCAGGUACGGGGCGGAUUGGCGACCCGGUGUUUGAUGCUUUCUACGCGACACAGGUGCAAUUACAGAGGAACAAUACGCUAUCAGAAGAAAGGAAUGCGAAGGCUUAUACUGCAUUGAUGGACCGAGUUGGCCCUGCGCAUCUCAUCGUGCAUAGUCAAGCCGGAUCAUAUGGUUGGCGAGUGGCCGACGCACGACCUCAGCUAGUCAAGACCCUCAUUGCGCUGGAACCAACAGGGCCGCCUUUUGAGAACGCAUUUCCAUUUGAGGGCAGGGAAAGAACGUGGGGAUUAACAAUACUUGAGAUUUCGUAUGACCCCCCGGCUGGCCCGAACGCGGAAGAAUUGAAGACAGUCAGAAUUCCGCCACGGGAGGCGAACAAAUCCGAGUGCAUUUUACAAGCCGAACCCCCGAAGAAGCUGAAAAAUCUUUCCAAAGUGCCGGUGCUCGUCGUCACGGGGGAAGCCAGCUACCAUCAGCCGUACGAAUGGUGUACGGUCGAAUACUUAAAGCAGGGAGGGGUGGAUGUAACGUUCCUCGACCUUCCACAGGAGGGUAUCUAUGGGAAUGGACACAUGAUGUUCAUGGAGAAGAAUAAUAUGGAGAUUUCGGAAAGGGCUUUGCAUUGGUUGCUCGAAUAUGAAGUGAAAUUGCAUAUCAGCGAAGAGAAUGCGCUUUGA